GCCGCCGUUGCGCAGAUCCAGGCCGCGGCUGCGGGUAGGGCGACGGAGCUGGUGACCUUCUGGAAGCGGGAGCGAGUUUGGAGGCCUGGGGACACUGAGCGCCGCCGCCGCCAUGAACAACUCAGGCGCUGACGAGAUCGGUCCAUUUGGGAGCAUGGUAGUGGACUUGGUGUUCAGCUGAGGGACCAUCCCUUAGGAUAAGCAGGAAGCUCUUUGUGGGCGGUCUUGAUUGGAGCACAACUCAAGAGACUCUGCGCAGCUACUUUUCCCAGUAUGGAGAAGUUGUGGACUGUGUGAUUAUGAAGGAUAAGACCACCAACCAGUCUCGUGGCUUCGGGUUUGUCAAAUUUAAAGACCCGAACUGUGUGGGGACAGUGCUGGCCAGCAGACCACACACCUUGGAUGGCCGGAAUAUCGACCCGAAGCCAUGCACCCCCCGGGGGAUGCAGCCGGAGCGGACGCGGCCGAAGGAAGGAUGGCAGAAAGGACCCAGGAGCGACAGCAGUAAGUCAAACAAGAUCUUUGUCGGCGGGAUUCCGCACAACUGUGGAGAGACCGAGCUCAGGGAGUACUUCAAGAAAUUCGGAGUGGUCACCGAAGUGGUCAUGAUCUAUGAUGCAGAAAAGCAGAGGCCUCGAGAUUUCUCUUCUCCAGGUGCUAAAUUAUAUCACACAGGUUUUGGAUUUAUUACUUUCGAGGACGAACAAUCAGUGGACCAGGCUGUCAACAUGCAUUUUCACGACAUCAUGGGCAAAAAAGUGGAGGUUAAGCGGGCAGAGCCUCGGGACAGCAAGAGCCAAGCGCCCGGGCAGCCGGGCGCCAGCCAGUGGGGGAGCCGCGUGGUGCCCAGCGCCGCCAAUGGCUGGGCAGGCCAGCCCCCACCCACGUGGCAGCAGGGCUAUGGCCCCCAAGGAAUGUGGGUGCCAGCAGGACAGGCAAUUGGUGGCUAUGGACCGCCCCCCGCGGGGAGAGGAGCCCCCCCGCCACCGCCACCCUUCGCCUCCUAUAUCGUGUCCACACCUCCCGGCGGCUUCCCCCCUCCUCAGGGCUUCCCACAGGGCUACGGCGCCCCGCCGCAGUUCAGUUUUGGCUAUGGGCCUCCACCCCCUCCGCCGGAUCAGUUUGCCCCUCCUGGGGUCCCCCCUCCACCUGCCACGCCUGGGGCGGCGCCUCUGGCCUUCCCGCCCCCCCCAUCGCAGGCUGCCCCCGACCUGAGCAAGCCCCCCACCGCCCAGCCGGACUUCCCCUACAGUCAGUAUGCAGGUUACGGGCAGGACUUGAGUGGCUUUGGACAGGGCUUCUCUGACCCCAGCCAGCAGCCCCCCUCUUACGGGGGCCCCUCCGUUCCCGGCUCGGGGGGUCCCCCCGCCGGUGGCAGCGGCUUCGGACGAGGUCAGAACCACAACGUGCAAGGCUUCCACCCCUACCGACGCUAGGACCGCCAGGACGCCCACCGUGCAGCGCCGGAGCGCAGCAUCGGGACCUGGACUGUGACAAUCAGACCUGUCGGGAAAUCGCGACUCAGCUGGGGGGAGGCCAAGGCAAGGCGGCUGUGGGUGUCCGGGCCGCAGUUUUUAGGGCGUUUCUUUCUCUGACCCAUCAGCACAAUAAAAGAGAAGUCACUGGUUCAACAACAGGGUUUAAAAAUGUCUUCAGCUUUAAUUCAAGACUGCAGGUUUUCUUUUCCUUCCUUGAUUUUGAGAUUUAUUUUCCUGAGCCUUUUGUUUUACCGUAUAUUGUAAACUUUUAUGUUAAAAAAUAUACCUUUACAAAUUGUGAGAUUUUUAAGAGAAAUUUUCUACGAUGUAUAUUGGCUUAUUUUUUAAUUUAAAAUGGGGUUUGGUUGGCACUGGUGGGGGUGGGGCGUUUUUAUCCCCUCACCCCUGGCUUGGGGUUGGGACUUGUUGGUCCAGAAACUCUGGGAGCUGAAGAAGAAAUCUACUGAGUGCUUUUGUUUUUUGUUUACUCCUUGCUUUUGCCAGCCGGCUGCCUGGUGGCAUCUGUGAGGCAGGUGACACCUGCCGGCCACCUGGCCCACACUGCAGCAGCGCUGACGCUGAGGUGGCAUGGACCCCGCGCAGUGGGCGAGGCCUUGCUGGAAGGCCACCUCCCUCAGGCACGUGGUUGGGGCACUUCCCAUUGACCAGUUUGACCCUGGUUUGAAUAAAGACAAGUGCGUUUGGAUUAGA